AUGAGUCAAUUCUGCAAAGACUCAGGCAAAUUAUGCACUUCCAACGAAAAGAAAAAAGGGAAAAAUAAUAAAGAGAGAGUUGGCGAAACUCGUCAUACUUGGUCCACGUUAUUCGCUUCAUGGGUACAGAUUAUCGUGCAAUCUCUCAUAGCUCCAACCGCUUGGUUAUUCGUUGUUUUUUUAGAUGGAGGCUACUAUCGUUGCUUAUUCGCGCACGAUUUCUGCAACUUGACAACAGCUAGACAAUGCCAGAAUGAGACUGUGAUGGCAUUUUAUCUUAAUAAUCCCGCCUUCGAUAAGAUUUCGGCUAAUAGAAAGGUACGGAAGUUUUGUCCUGCGUGUAUCUGCAACCUUGAUGGACAAGACGCAUCUUAUCUGGAGGCUGAAUCGCAAAUCUACGCAUGGUUCAUCCUUAUCAUUGCUGGUGUAUCAACAUUCUUCGCGAUUUGUUGUGUGCGGAUGUGCGAUAAAUACACGUACGUUCAACAUCAAUAUGUGGAAACGUACAAAAUGGAGGAAAUUAGCAAAUUUGAACAGGUUGCAAAGGUGAAUUUAAUUAGGUGA